GUUGAUAGUACUAAUAAGUACAAGCAAAGGACAUCAAAACGUUCCCUGCCAAAACAGUGUGGUGGGAAAUCGUCCGGCGAGCUCCUUCCAUGGCCUCCAGCGUAGACAUUUACAUUUCCUCUCAAUUUUUUAGCACUGGCACUACAAAAGAGGAAGAGGAAGAGGAAGAACCAGAGGAAAUGACUUUAGAAGAGAUCAACAAAACACUAACAUUGACCUAUAUGUACGACAAUGCUCCCUUUACGCUCCUUCCACGGCAAUAUCUUCCCGACAAAACGAUUCACCAUCGCCCUCCUGUUUUCUUCUAUGGAAUCUCGGCCACCCUUGACAAGCUCGAAGAAUACGCGAGGAAGCAGGGUGUCUAUUCACAGGAUAAGCCACUGAAACGCGGCUAUCUUCGCGCCGUUGCCGAGCAUCUGAAUACUACAUGUCAGCUGCCAAAGGGAACAAUUGCCUUUCAAACAAUAGCCGAUGACCACUGUGACACUCUGGUCUACACGUGCCUAAGCAACUACAAGCUCCGCUUCCCAGAGGACAAGGUUCAACAAUUUGAGACCGUGAUAGAGACUAUUGAGAGAGAACUUGGUGGGAUAGCAAAAUGGUACCUCGGCGAAAGCAGCGACUUUAGGGAUGACUACAAGGUAACGCUGAAGUGAUUCAAAUCUUGUGCUUAGUCUAAACUUCCUGUUCUCGCUGUUUUGUCACUUAGCGACGUGAUGGGCCGAUUUAAUCUCC